AUGUUUUCCAACACUACCCAAACACCCGCUGUCGACCCCGACGGUCCAUCGAAAAUUGAUCCUGGAAAUCACUACAAGAACUGCCCAAUCUGCUACAUGUGUUCCGUCUGGCAGCGAAUCCAGGACCUAGAAUUCACCGAGAACGACCUUGAGACGCGUCGAUCGAAAAUGCCUGAUCCGGAUAUCGAUGACGACUUAUUUGGGGAGACAAAAAGGCCCACGUGGCGCCGCGUGGAGGAUGCAGAGCUAAGGAAGAGCUCGAUGGCUUAUGUCAUCGUUAGGAUAGAUCAGAUUAAGGUUGAAAAGGCGCCGCUUUGGACGGAGUUUGAUAAGCUGAGGAAGGACCACAGGCUUGAAAAGGUGAAGAGGUAUUAG